AUGCAUCCAGACGCGCAUGCCGCCGAAUUUCUAUUUGCUCGGAACAUGAUAGAAUCCACACGGAAUCAAUGGACUAUUAACAAUCUCAAGGUACAGAAUGAAAUGAAGGUGGUGCCAACACGGAACAAAGAAAUGCAGAAGGAACUGGAUAUGGAGAAGCAGAAAUUUAAGAGUAGGAUUCAAGAACUUGAGCAGCAAUACAAGAAGUUAUUGGGUGAGACAGAGCUUGAGAGGCAAAAGUUUAUAAAAGACCUCAAGGAAAGCAAAGAUAAGGUAGAGGAGCUGCAGCGGACAGUGAAAGAAUUCCCGGAGCAGUUAAAAAAGGAACAGGAUGCAUACCGAGAGUUGAAGCGAGAGAAACUUAUGGUUGAAAGGAUCCUCAAGGAAAAGGUUGAAAAGCCGCAGCUGGAACUGCGGACCCUGGAGAAGAAAGCAAAGGACCUUGAGGAGAAGCUCGAGAAGGAACAGAAUGCAAAUAGAGGGAUAGAGCAAGAUAAACGUACGAUCGAGAAGCUCGAGGAAAGCAGAGAUCAGGUCUCACAUUCCUGUCCCUUUCGGCACAUUGGUCUUUCCACGUGA